CGGUAAUGCUUGCUCACCUGCCGCUCACCUCCUGCUGCGUGGCCCUGUUCCUAACAGGCCACGGACAAGUACAGGUCUGCAGCCUGGGGAUUAGGGACCCCUGCUAUACAUGACUGUAUGGUGCAAAGCACUUCUGUGGCAUGUGGUUUAAGCUCAGUGUCAUUUGAUGGCCAGAGACCCACUUGAAGAUCCCCAUUUUUAGCAGACCUUGUAGGAUGCUAACAUUUGGGGCCAGAUUCUCCUUAGUGAAAUGAAUGCUAUGUAGCUAAGGCUGCAGUGCCCAGCCUGGCUAGACAUUUGCAAAAAGAGAGCAGAGACUGGCAGACAGUGCCAAUUCUCAACAGAAUCUUAUGAUCAAAAUGCCAACUUGCUAUAAGGGUAUCAGUAACAUCCUCACCCUUUAGCAGGCAAAGGAGGCUGGGGAUGUGAGAAAACAAACUCUGAUCCACCUGAUCCUCUACCGCUUUUUGAUUCCGAGAAAAAAAAAAUUGUUCAGUAACUCCAGCUGCCUGAACAGAAAUUACUUCCUGAGGAGCUAGAAGCCCUGACUGGAAAAGAGCUCUGGGGGAUUAUGGCAUGGGAGGAGAGCUGUCAGGCAUCAGACUUACACGGGAAGGACCCACGCUGACUACAACAGUACAAGUAACUACUUGAGGGGCUCCAUAACAUGGAAAUGGCAGUCGUAUGUUCCAAAGACAGAGUUACUGUUUUAAGGACAGAGGAAUCUUUGUAUAGAUUCUCAGUGAAAAGCUUAUUUUAAGGAUGUUUGCUGAAAUUCCAUGUUUUUCACAUUUGUUUUCAAAAGAGCAGUGUCCUUCAUAUAUAGUAUACGAAAAAUUACAAUAUUCAUGUUUUUUAGAUACAAAGUCAUACACAAAUAGAGGAGGAAUAAUUUCAAAUUGCAAACCAUACCAGCAUAGAAAGAGGGAAAUGAGACUGUAGAUAUGGAUUUAUUAGGUGAUAGGGAUUCUUUUUUUCUCUAUAUUUUAAUAUAUUUUCCAAGUUUGAGCCACGGGCCAAGGAUGGGCCUGUUCUCUGUCCUGCCUAAAACCUGACAGAAGCAUGGGUGACCAAUCCCAGAACCACACUUGGCACUGCUGAGUUUUCAUAUCUUCUGACACCUCCUUGCAAAAUGUCAAGUGUGAGAUGCUAAUACUAGCCCUCUCUUUGCUGGAGGAGAAAGCAUGUAAAAAGACAACUGUCCAAACCCUGUGGCUACAAAGUCCUUUUCUGGCUUCCUAAGAUAUUUACUCUAUUCUUCUAUUUCUAGAACUUUUCUAAGUUGGAAGAUUUCAAAUGUGAGAGAGUGUUAGAUCCAGGUUGAGUAAGGAUUUUAUAAAAUACUAAAUGAUGAUCAGAGAUGGGAAUAAUCAGCCUAGUUAAAAGCAUAUUCAGCACAAUGUUACAAUAUACCAGAUCCUUGUAUAAACAGCAUGGAUUACAUUAACAGGCCUCCCUGGGUGAGUAGCGUCUCUUUUGCCUACCUUAACGCUCACACCAUGGUUAUAUAACCUUUUGAACAGAAUUUGGAAAUUCCUCUGACCCUGCCCUGCUUACUGAUAGAGUUGAGCCAGUGGCUGGCAGGGGCAUAAUCUAAUAGGCGAAACUAGAAACACACAAAUUCACAGUCCUCUUGUCUCAGCCCAGAGACUGUACAGGCAAGGAAAGAAAGACUCGCCCCAUCUCCCUCCUCCCCUCCUCUGGCCUAAGUUGCUGCUGACUUCACCCAACAGGCACCUGACCCUCCCAGAUGAGCUGGGAGGGGCUAAAGCCCGGUGCGGCCAUGGUGGGCGUGGAGGUACAGGCAGCAAACAAUAUUUAAGAUGCUGACUUGUGGAGCAUUCGGGCUUGGGAAGGAAAGCUAUAGGCUAUCCAUUCAGCUCCCCUGUCAGAGACUCAAGCUUUGAGAAAGGCCAGCAAAGAGCAAGGAAAAGAGAGAAAACAACAAAGUGGCAAGGCCCUCAGAGUGAAAGCGUAAGGUUCAGUCAGCCUCCUGCAGCUUUGCAGACCUCAGCUGGGCAUCUCCAGGCUCCCCUGGAGGAAGAGCCUUCCUCACCCAAACCCACAAAAGAUGCUGAAAAAGCCUCUCUCAGCUGUGACCUGGCUCUGCAUUUUCACUGUGGCCUUUGUCAGCCACCCAGCAUGGCUGCAGAAGCCCUCUAAGCGCAAGACACCAGCACAGCUCAAAGCGGCCACCUGCUGUGAGGAGGUGAAGGAGCUCAAGGCCCAAGUUGCCAACCUCAGCAGCCUGCUGAGUGAACUGAACAAGAAGCAGGAAAGGGACUGGGUCAGCGUGGUCAUGCAGGUGAUGGAGCUGGAGAGCAACAGCAAGCGCAUGGAGUCGCGGCUCACAGAUGCCGAGAGCAAGUACUCUGAGAUGAACAACCAAAUCGACAUCAUGCAGCUGCAGGCGGCACAGACGGUCACUCAGACCUCCGCAGAUGCCAUCUACGACUGCUCUUCACUCUACCAGAAGAACUACCGCAUCUCUGGAGUGUAUAAGCUUCCUCCUGAUGACUUCCUGGGCAGCCCUGAACUGGAGGUGUUCUGUGACAUGGAGACUUCAGGUGGAGGCUGGACCAUCAUCCAGAGACGAAAAAGUGGCCUUGUCUCCUUCUACCAGGACUGGAAGCAGUACAAGCAGGGCUUUGGCAGCAUCCGUGGGGACUUCUGGCUGGGGAAUGAACACAUCCACCGGCUCUCCAGACAGCCAACCCGGCUGCGUGUAGAGAUGGAGGACUGGGAGGGCAACCUGCGCUACGCUGAGUAUAGCCACUUUGUUCUGGGCAAUGAACUCAACAGCUAUCGCCUCUUCCUGGGGAACUACACUGGCAAUGUGGGGAACGACGCCCUCCAGUACCAUAACAACACAGCCUUCAGCACCAAGGACAAGGACAAUGACAACUGCUUAGACAAGUGUGCACAGCUCCGCAAAGGUGGCUACUGGUACAACUGCUGCACAGACUCCAAUCUCAAUGGAGUGUACUACCGCCUGGGCGAGCACAACAAGCACUUGGAUGGCAUCACCUGGUACGGCUGGCAUGGAUCUACCUACUCCCUGAAACGGGUGGAGAUGAAAAUCCGCCCGGAAGACUUUAAGCCUUAAAAGGAGGCUGCCGUGGAGCACAGAUGCAGACACUGAGACACCUGGAGAUUAGAUGAGGGCAGAUGAGGACAGGAAGAGAGUAUUAGAAAGGGUAGGGUUGAGAAACAGCCUAUACUCUCCAAAGAAAGAAUAAGUCUCCAAGGAGCACAAUAAAAUCAUAUGUACCAAGGAUGUUACAGUAAACAGGAUGAACCAUUUAAACCCACUGGGUCCUGCCACAACCUUCUCAAGGGGGUAGACUCAGUGGGGUCUCUCUGCCCAAGAUCCCUGACAUAGCAGUAGCUUGUCUUUUCCAUAUGAUUUGUCUGUGAAAGAAAAUAAUUUUGAGAUCACUUUAUCUAUUUUCUUUAAGGCUUAGGCUACAUGAGGGCAAAACACAAAUCCCUUUGCUAAAAAGAACCAUAUUAUUUUGAUUCUCAAAGAAGAGGCCUUUGAGUGUUAGAGAAAGGAGUGAAGGAGGCAGGUGGGAGAUGGGUAUUUCUAUUUUUAAAUCCAGUGAAAUUAUCUUGAGUCUACAUACUAUUUUUAAAACACAAAAAUUGUUCGGCUGUAGGUGAACUGACCCAGGCUGGACUUGCGAGGAGGAAACUCCAGGGCACUGGGUCUGGCAAUCAGACUGAGCACUGCCCGUGCUCGCCUUGGUCAGGUACAGCACUGAAAGGUAUGAAGCACCGGCAGGAGGUGGACACAGUCUCUCAUGAAUGCUGGCACAAAACUGCCUUAAAAUAUUCAUAGUUAAUACAGGUAUACCUAUUUUUAUUUACUUUGUAAGAAACAAGCUCAAGGGGCUUCCUUUUAAAUUUUGUCUAUAGGAAAUGGCUGAAAACUGAAGGUAGAUGGUGUUAUAGUUAAUAACGAAUGCUGUAUAUAAGCAUCUUGCUUUGUAAAAAUAAAAUAUUGUGGUUUUGUUUUAAACAUUUAACGUUUCUUUUCCUUCUACAAUAAACACUUUCAAAA